AUGUUUUGGAGAAUAAAAAACUUUAUCAAUAAUUUUAAAACUUGUUUAACUCUCAAUAAUGAUAUUAAAAAAAAAAAAAGGAAUAAAAACUACGGUUACUUUCUAUAAUUUUUUUUCCUGGUGAAGAUAAAAAUAUAAAGGCUUGUUAUUAAUUCAAUUAAGAUCGAUUUGCUAUCAUUAAAUGCCACCCCAUUAAAUUUGCUUUUCCAGAAGUUCCGAAAAAAGAAUCCAUUCACUAACAAAUUUGGAGUAAAGGGAUUAUAGGAUAAUUUCUUGCUAACAAUCGUAAUCGUUUAAUAGUGGCAAAUACGAAAUUCUUGCAUAUAACAUUAAUUAUAAAGAUCUUCAUAGGCUAAAACAAAUUUCCUAUAUUUUCUCAAAUAAUAAAAUGGAUUUUAUUUAAAAAUAAUAUUAAAAAGAUACACAUACUAAGUAACUCAUUAAUUAUUUAAUUGAUAAAGUAGAAUUUAAAGAUACACCUUCAAGUUUAUUGAUGGAUUAAUAAUUUUGAAGAAAAAUAUCAAAAGAAGAAUAAAGUCUAUGCUCCUUUAAGCAAAGCAAGAUUGAAAUUACAAUCUUAGUUUAAAAAAAAAUAAAGCCUAUUGCACUAUAAAUAAUAACAUUAGUUAAAAUAGAAAUUAUGCAUUCAGUUCAUAGACACAAAAUAGACCAUAGUCAUAAAUUUAGAGAAUAAAAAACGAUAACUAUUAGAAUUAUAUGAUUCAUUUAUAAAGAAUUAGGCCAAAUUUUGCUGUAGGGUUUAGUGGAAAAGAAUAUAUUUCAAGAAACAUAAAAUAAGAAUCAAACAAUAGAAGGAUAAUUAAAUCAUCAGAGGAACCUGA